AUCUAAUCUGAUUAGAAAUAUAACAAAUUUUAUUAUUAAAUAAGACAACAAAUUUCGAAACUUUCCAAAAGCCACAAUUCUUCUUCUUCUUCUUCCUCUGCUCCGAUUUCUCCUUCUUUGAUUUCUUCUGCGAAUUGGGGCUGAAUCCUUUCGCUGCUCAUGCCAGAGCUGGACGAACUGGUUCAACGAGCUUCUGUGUUAGAGAGGAGUAGAGGUUGAAUUAUUUGAGUUCAUACAUAAGGAUCACUAUAAGAAGGCUUUUUCUUGCUUUGAAAUCAUGCCUCGGAAAAUUAAUACCGGAGUUGAUUAUUACGACGACUAUGAAGAUUAUGAUUAUGAUGAAUAUGACUAUGAUGGAGAAGAAGAGAAUGUUGAAGUUGUGCAGUAUACGCCAGAAAGUAGAAGGCCCGAGACAUGGAGUUGCUCAAUAUGCACGUAUGAUAAUGAAGAGAGGAUGAACGCAUGUGAUAUAUGUGGGGUUCUUCGCAACCCUUUGCCCAAAAAAGCAGAUCUCUUUCAUGCAGUUGAAGGCAUAUGCAAACAUGCUGAAGCAUCCCUAAUGGCCAAGUCUCUUUUUGCAUCACUGCCGCAUCAGAAAGAUGGUUUUGAGACUGACAAUGGCAAUAACGUCCACAAGCUUGGGAAAUUCCAAGGGCAUAUACAUGAAUUCCAUAAGAAAUUUUGUACUAGUAACUAUCACAAGAUUAAUAUAGCUCCUUUCAAGUUUGAAAGUCCAUCUCCUGAUGAUUUGGUUUCAAUUGGAUUGCGUUCAUCCAAAAUGGGUUUGAAAGCCAAUGUUGAUAAUUUAAAGACAUCAGAACUUUCUUCAGCUGUCAUUAAGGAUACAACAUCUCGUAAUGAACAACAAUCAAGUGUUCGAACAACAGAGACAGUUAAAAUAAGAGGAAGUGCUAACAUUUCGGAUGUCUCAUCUGAUUCUCUUGCAAGAGAUCACCUCAGAUCUGUGGGGGAGGCGAGUUACAAAACAAGUGAUACUGCUUAUGCAGAAUCGGUUAAUAGUUCAUCUUAUUCAGAACCAAAAGGCAGACAGAGUAACAUGGAUGAGAACAUUAAUUCUUCAGAGAAUAAGGGCAAGCCAGAAAGUCUUGCCAGUAAAGUUAAUAACAUGGCUUUGGAGGUUAAGACUGGAAAGUCAAACAAUGUUAAAUCUAAAAAGACUCAGUCACAGAUACAAUAUAAACCUGAAAAGUGGAUGCUUCCUGAUCAAGCUAAAGACACCCUGAUUCAGUUGAAUCUUGCUAUUGUUGGUCAUGUUGAUUCUGGGAAAUCAACUCUCUCUGGAAGAUUGCUGCACCUUUCAGGUCGGAUUUCUCAAAAACUAAUGCACAAAUAUGAAAAAGAGGCCAAACAGCAGGGAAAAGGGUCCUUUGCUUAUGCUUGGGCAUUGGAUGAAAGUGCUGAAGAAAGGGAGAGGGGAAUCACUAUGACGGUGGCUGUGGCAUAUUUCGAUUCGAAGAAGUAUCACGUUGUUGUGCUUGACUCUCCCGGGCACAAAGAUUUUGUUCCCAACAUGAUCUCUGGAGCAACACAAGCUGAUGCGGCGAUUCUCGUAAUAGAUGCCUCCCUUGGGGCAUUUGAAGCAGGCAUGGACACCAUGAAGGGGCAAACACGAGAGCAUGCGCAACUCAUCAGAAGCUUCGGUGUGGAGCAAAUUAUCGUUGCUGUGAACAAGAUGGAUAUCAUAGGAUACUCAAAUGAUCGGUUUGAGUUCAUUAAGCAACAACUUGGGACAUUUCUCCGCGUUUGUGGUUUUAAAGAUUCUUCUGUAUUUUGGAUUCCAUUGAGCGUUAUGGAAAAUCAAAAUCUGGUUGCAGCUCCGUCUGAUGCACGCCUCUCUUCCUGGUAUCGAGGACCUAACUUGCUGGAUGCAAUUGAUGCUUUCCAACCUCCCUUAAGAGAUUUCUCAAAACCUCUGCUCAUGCCUAUAUGCGAUGUCAUCAAGUCGGCUUCACUUGGGCAGGUUUCUGCCUGUGGUAAAUUGGAAGCUGGAGCUCUUCGUCCCGGCUUUAAGGUUCUGGUUAUGCCUUCUGGAGAGAUAGGAACCGUGCGAUCCUUAGAGCGUGACUCUCAGGCUUGCACCAUUGCAAGAGCUGGAGAUAAUGUUUCAGUUACCCUUCAAGGCAUCGACGGGAGCAAUGUGAUGGCUGGUGGGGUGCUAUGUCACCCCGAUUUUCCCAUUUUUGUCGCUAAACAUUUAGAAGUGAAGAUUCUCGUCUUGGAUGUGACAACUCCAAUAUUAGUUGGUUCUCAGUUGGAGUUUCACAUACACCACGUAAAGGAAGUGGCGAGAGUCGUAAAGAUAGUAUCAUUGCUCGAUCCAAAGACGGGCAAGGUAGCAAAGAAGGCUCCUCGUUGUCUUACUGCCAAACAGAGCGCUGUUGUUGAGGUAAGUUCAAAUCCAAAUCCUCUAAACAAUAAAAAACCGAUAAUUGUCUUGUCUCUAACAUUCUUUUUUCGAUCUUGGUUCGAAUUCAGGUUGUUUUGCACGGAUCAGUUUGCGUUGACGAGUUCUCGAGUUGUAGAGCUCUUGGAAGGGUGUUUCUGAGAGCAUUAGGACGAACUGUAGCGGUCGGCAUUGUAACAAGAAUUGUUGAGUAGAGUACCAUUUUUGAUGUAUUUUUACUUCAAUUUAGUAUUUACACAAAUCAUGUACCUUAAUUAUUAUAUAAUUCUAAUUCACAGUUUUUUUUUUGCAAAAAAUGUAUGGGCUAUACUUAUUAGUAUACUAAUCUUGGUUUUAUUUUCUUUC